AUGGAAAACACCCGAGUUCCAGGCACAUCCCAGGAUGACACGAUGCAGCUUCUUGCUGUGCCGACAGACACGAGGCUGGGUUGGGAGCAAUCAGAGACAGAUGGGAAGGACCUCCUGGAAGAAUCCUGGCAGAAGGAGCUGGGAGGACGACACCAGCCUCCUAGAGACAAGCAUGACCUUAGCCAUCACAAGAUUGCUGUGUGCCUCACGGCUCCCCUUUAUAAAAGGAGGGUGCUCCCACUCACCCCUCGGAGGACUGCGGGGGUGCACAGCAUGGGGACCGGCCACCUCCUGCGGCAGCCUCCUGACAGCAUCCAUCGCGCAGCUGCAGGGAACACUGCGCACCUGAGGAUCAUAUGCAGUGACCACACCCAGCAGGGGCCUGGCCAUUUCCACCUAUAUCCUGAUCAGGGAAGAUCAUUACAGUCAAGGUUAAAAGGGAAACAGAUGGCAUACUCAAAAAGGGUGAAUGAAAAUAAUGAAGCAGAGUCUAUUAACAAAGGUGAGGGAAACAUUCAGAAAAACCAGCAGGAGGUGGUGGAGCACAGAGGUGCAAACAACAGCAAGAGGUCAGUGACUGCUAAAUUGAACAAGCCUCAGAAUCACCCAGAAGCUUGUUUAAAAUACAGACCCCUGGGGCCAAACCUGGGUCUACUGGUCUGGGAUGUGGAGGGGCAGGACCUGGGAAGCUGUACUGUCAAACAAGCACCCCAGGGGUUCCGGUCCGCAGAUGGCUCCAUGAACAGGGCUGGAAGCCUCAGCACAAAUGCCCUCCAGGGCCGGGCCUGCACGCCUCAGGCUCCAGGCUGUGUGGUCCUCUGGAGGUCACCUCUGCACACCAUCUAUUUUCAGAUCCACCUCCGGGCUCUGGCCGAGUCUGUGCAGAUUACACUGGACGCCAUCUCUCCUCAACUCUCUGCUUCCUAA